AGGUAUAGUGCGGUGAUCAGUGAAACGCAUCAUGGGUUUCAGUGUAUACGCUCUCAUGUUUUUCUGUAUGGUGCUGUGCCAUGACGCCCAGGGUGCCAAAGGCCGUUUGGUUUACUUCAAAGCGUCGCUGUCCAAGAUCAAAACCUAUGGGAUUCACAGUACGGUGAUAUUUGACAAAUGCGAAGCAAACAUCGGGAAGGGCUACAAUCCAACCUCCGGAGUGUUCCAUGCCCCAGUGUCAGGGUAUUACGAGUUCAAAGUUCAGCUGGAAGCAGGCAGCUCUGGCGGGUAUUCCUUCUGCUUGGUGUGCGAGGGCGUCGUCAAGUCGGAGCUGUCCAUUCAACGUGUAUGGAGCAGCAAGUUCACGAGCGCCAUCUUCCACGUCAACGCUGGGGAACACGUGCUCGUCAGGAAGACCGUCCAUGGCGGUGCCACCCGCAUUGCAGCUGGAGCGCGAACACAGUUCUCCGGCUACCUGCUUCGAAGUGACUGACAGACCUGAGAAUCACGGAGAUGUGCCUGUCUGCUGCUGUAUUAAAACACAGUAUUACCCUACA